CAGCCAAAAAUCUCUUAUGAUUGGAAAUGCUGUGCGUGCUGUUGCGCCACAAAAGACUAUGAAGAUGCUUACACCUUCAAGGAUACUUACUUCACAACUUUCUGACCCCUUGGAUUUCUUCAUCACCCGACGUUACUCCAACAUACAGGAUCGUGUGAUUAGAGAGGGUGAAGAAGUGGUCGGCUUUGAUGAGGAAGCAGAAAUAGUGAUGAAGCGACUUGUUGAAGUAUCAAAGGAUGGAGAUAUUGUUCCCAUUGUGGGUAUGCUUGGACUUGGAAAAACCACACUGGCAACAAAGAUCUAUCGAGAUGAUCGAAUUUCAAAAGAAUAUUUGAGCACAAUAUGGAUUCAUGUUGGUCAAUCAUUCAAGCUGAAGGAUAUCUGUCUUUCUAUUCUUCAACAGCUCAAAAGGCUCAUUGAAGAAUAUGAAGAUAUGGAUGUGUCUGAAUUAGCUAAAAUAAUAUGUGGUUUUUUGGCUGAAGGAGUUGGUAGAUGUCUCAUUGUCUUGGACGAUGUGUGGACGUUACAAGUCGUUGAUUUCUUCAAGGGUAGUAUAUUUCCAGAAAAUAACAAAAGCCACCGUGUCCUGAUGACCACUCGCGUAGGGUCUGUCGCUACUUAUGCCAAUGAAGAUCCUCAUCAUCUGAAGUUUCUGACUCCUGAUGAAAGUUUUAAGAUUUUGUUAAAGGGUGUUUUUGGCGAGGAAAGUCCUCAUGAUGAGUUGUUAGAAUCAGGAAAAAGCAUUGCAGGAAAAUGUCGUGGAAUACCAGGUUUAACAUUGGUAGUUGCAGAAGGUUUAAAAUCUCGCCACACCAAAAGAGAUUGGCGAGAGUUUGAGAAAAAAAUGUGGGAGCAUGUUACGGAUAAACAAUAUCCUGACAGAAUGUACUACUUGGUAAAGACGAGUUAUGAUUUUUUGACCGAAGAAAUGAAGCUAUGCUUCCUGUAUUUUGGCGUCUUUCCUCAAGGUUUUGAUAUCCCAGCUUGGAAAUUGAUUCGCUUGUGGAUUGCUGAAUGCUUAAUAAAGCCCAACUCGUGGUCAUCACUUGAGGAGAGAGCAAAAAGUUGUUUGAACAGCCUUGUCGAUAUGAAUUUAGUUAUGGUGACGCAGAAGAGCUCUGAUGGUGGUCAUAUUAAAACAUGUCGCGUUCAUGACUUUCUGCAUGAGUUCUGCAAAUUAAAAGCUAAAGAUUGGCUUUUUCAGGAAGCAUAUAGAUGGGGACCUAUCCAGUCUAAAAUAAAGUCUAUAAUACCUAGGAUUGCUCGUCGGUUGUAUAUUCAAUCCUCUGAAGCAAAGGAUUUUCUCUCCACAAAACCAUUGAUGGAGCAUGUCAGAUCUUUUUAUUGUUUUUCCUCAGAAAAAAGCCGAAUGGAGUUGUCAUCUUACGAACUUAAAAGCCGAGACAAGUUGCCUGGUAGUGGCAUCGCCAAAGCUUUUCCAUUGAUCAGGGUCUUGGAAAUUGAAUCCCUCUAUUUUGUUUUCUCCAAAGACUUUAACAAGUUAUUUCAUUUGAAGUACAUUGCUAUUUCAAGUGACUUUGACGUUCUUCCAGAAUCUUUUGGUAAAUUCUGGAAUUUACAAACUCUUAUACUUCAUACAAGGACGUCAAAGCCCACCCUUAAGAUAGAAGCAAACAUGUGGAAGUUGGCACGUUUAAGGCAUUUGCACACCAACAUCCCAGCAGUAUUGCCGCCCCCUCCUAUCGCAACAAGUGAAGCUUCUUCCCUACAAACUCUUUCUAUCGUUGCACCUAGAACUUGCACCAAAGAUGUCUUUGCUAAAUCUUGUAAUAUCAAAAAAUUGGGUAUCCGAGGGAAUAUGGAGGUUUUAUUUGGAACUAGCAAGAAUGGAUGGCGAAGCCUUGAAGAGUUAAAAUGCCUGGAAAAUUUGAAACUGUUGAAUGAUGUUCUUCACAUGAGUAAAGCACUUCACCUUCCUCCAUCAUUCUUCAGUUUUCUAGGUUCACUGAAGAAGUUAUCUUUGGAAGACACAAGGUUCGAUUGGGAUGAGGCAAGGAUAUUGGGGCAGUUGGAAUGCCUUGAGGUCCUAAAAUUGAUAGAAAAUGCAUUCACAGGGGAGUCCUGGAAGCCGCAGAUAGGAGGGUUUAGUCAACUCCAGGUCCUGCGGAUCAAUGAGGCAGACUUGAAAUUUUGGGAGGCUUCGACUUAAGCACCUUUUUCUUAAAUCUUGUGAAAAUCUCGAAGCUGUGCCAUAUGAACUGGCAGAUGUAGCUAGCCUCGAAGAGAUGACACUGGAGAACACAUGCAGAAAAGCAGUCGAAUCUGCAAGAGAAAUAGAGCGCAAGAAGAAGCUGGAAAGUAUCAAAUUCAAGCUCACGAUAUUCCCUCAUGCAACUGAUAAUUAGAAGCCAGGCCAAACGCUGAAAGGAGAAAUCAAAGGGCACGAUGUUGCUGAGAUCAUUGACAAAAAUAGAAUGCUCUUUGAUAAGGAGUCACCACAUUUCAUGUUUUCUGCAGUCUGCUCAUCUUAUUCCAAUAAAGAACCUGUUUAUGUUUUACUUAUUCAAUCAUUCUGAAGUUGAAAUAUAUCACCUUCUGGGUUGUUACAUUUCCAGUUCACCAUAUUUCUUUCUAAGUUGUAAUAAAACUAAUCCAUAUUUCCAUUUCUGUUCUAUCUGUAUUGCUUAAUUUAAUUCAUCAUCGCUUUCUCUGUUCAAUCAUGUAUACCACUAUAAUUAUUGAAAGACAUGUUAUUC